AUGAGUAACUUGGUGAAUGUGGUGGCUGGAUCAGCCAAACGUCAAGAUAUGCUUCAUUCCAAGCAAGCUGAUGCAAUCUUUGAGGCACUGUGUAGUGGUGAUAUUGUAAGUGGGCGAGGCCUUAAUCAAGAAAGUACUCUUAAAAUAGAAGGUGAUACACGUUGGGGUUCGCAUCACAGUACAAUAGUAAGCUUAAUUAACACAUUCUCAUCUGUUGUAACACUUUUGGAAGACUUAAAUGUAGAUUCUGAUAAGAAGUUUGAAGCCAAGGUUCUCCUAGAUGCUAUGCAGAAUUUCAAUUUUAUUUUCAGCUUACACUUGAUGAAAACUAUUCUGGGAAUUACCAACGAUUUGUCAAAAGCAUUGCAGAGAAAAGAUCAAGACAUUGUCAAUGCCAUGAAAUUAAUUACAGUAUGCAAGGAACGACUUCAGCUAAUGAGAGAUGAGGACUGGGAUUCGAUGUUGUCAGAAGUAUCCUCUUUUUUCAUAAAUAUGCAACUGCUGGAACUAAACAAUCGUUUCAAAGAGACAAACACUGAAUUACUUCUUUCUGUCGCAUUCUUAAGUCCAAUUGACUCAUUCUCUGCAUUUGACAAAGACAAACUGAUUCGUUUUUCUCGGUUUUACCCAAGAGAUUUUUCUCCUACUCAGCUUGUGUUACUUGAAGACCAACUACUAAAUUAUAUUGCUGAUGUACGGUCUAGCAAUGAGUUUUUAGAUUUGAAAGGAAUUGUUGAUCUUGCAGUCAAAAUGGUGGAGACAAAAAAGGAUAUAAUGUACCCUUUGGUUUACUUGCUUCUCACACUAGAAUUACUCCUACCAGUUGCUACUACCACCGUAGAAAGGGUAUUUUCUGCCAUAAAAAUUGUGAAAAAUCGUUUGCGUAAUAGAAUGGGAGACGAAUGGAUGAAUGAUAUUUUGAUAUGCUACAUUGAGAGGUUCAUAUUCGACCUGAUCGGAGAUGCUACUAUCAUGAACAUGUUUCAGAAAAUGAGGACUCGUCGUGGGCAGACAUACCAACUGCAUAUUUGUUCCGAGUUUUAUGUAGUGACCUAA